AUGUCCCCUUCUUGUGUGAUUGGGCUUCCCAAAAUAUACGCUAGCCAGGGUCAGAAAUGCGUUCCUCCUACCAAUGAGUUCCUUGUUGGGACCUGGCACGUCACCCACUCAAGCCUUCCGCUGUGGAAGGGCAAGCGGAAUGUCAAUAUUACCUACAAAACACUUUCCGCAGACCCUUCAGGGUUGAUAAAGAUCGAUGAUCUCGUUCAAUAUCAAACCAUUGAUUCGGACAAGAUCAGAUCUGUUCAUGGCGUGGAUACUCCAAGUCCAGGAAACCAAGGGGCUUGGGAUUGGCGCGGCAAAGGUUGGCUGAUGAUCGCCAGCUCACACUGGGAAUGCCUUGGGUUUGGCCAUACAGACGAUGGUAACCAGUGGAUUGUCACAUACUUUGCCAAAACCCUCUUCACGCCCGCUGGAAUCGACAUCUAUUCUCGAAAUAAAAACGGGCUUCAACAAGACAUUAUCAAUGAGAUUCUCAAUGGCCUCAGGGACCUGGGGGCACAAGAAAUUGCAGAUCUUGCGAACGCAAUUUUCCAAAUUCCUCAGAAUUAG